CACGCCGCCUUGCGGAUUCCGGAGCUCUGUUUCUCGGGACAAGAAUUCUCAACCACCUCUCUUCUUUAAACCACUCACUCACUCACUCACUCACUCACUGGUUAUCAUAUCAAAUAAACCUAUUAGAUACCCGUACCAUAACAAUAUGCCACCUCGACUAAUUCACCUGUCCUCCCCGCUCCUUCGAACCACUCCCGUGCAGUCCUUCCGCAUCACCCUCACAAGAUACUCCUACAGCACCAGCUCCGACAAUGACGUGAUCAAAACUCAGCAAAUCCCAGCUCCUGGCUCAGGAAGUAUCCGUGUCCUGCAAUUGAACAGACCCAAUGCCCGGAAUGCGCUCUCGAAAAGCCUGCUGGACAGUUUGACAAAACAAGUGCAGUCGAUAUCGGCCGAAGGGGGCACGGGCCCGACAAGGGCACUGGUUCUUGCCAGUAGCACAGACACGGCGUUUUGCGCGGGUGCGGACUUGAAGGAACGUGCUGGUAUGAGCAAGGCUGAAGUAAGUGAAUUCCUCGCCAAACUCCGAGGCACAUUCCGCGACAUCUCUGCCCUCCCGAUUCCAACCAUCUCCUCGAUCUCCUCCGUCGCUCUGGGUGGUGGUCUCGAACUCGGCCUCACAACACACUUCCGCGUCUUCAGCUCCUCGACCAUCGUUGGUCUCCCGGAAACCCGCCUCGCCAUUAUCCCCGGCGCAGGGGGUACCUACCGUCUCCCAGCGUUAAUCGGAGUGAACCGCGCACGGGACAUGAUCCUCACAGGCCGUCGCGUGUCGGGCCCCGAAUCCUACUUCAUCGGCCUUUGCGAUCGUUUGGUCGAGGUGUUGCCGGAAGAAGAGCAGCAGGAAGGCGUGGCGAGGGAGAAAGUGUUGAAGGAGAGUAUCAAGUUGGCUAUGGAUAUCUGUGAGGGUGGUCCUCUGGCUAUUAAGGAAGCGUUGAACGCUGUGCAGGGGUAUCAGCGCGGGGAGGCAGCAGAGAAUGAGGCUUAUGAUGGGGUGAUGGAGACGGAUGAUCGGAUUGAGGCUCUGCGGGCGUUCAUUGAGAAAAGGAAGCCUGCGUUCCGGGGUCGGUGAGAUGCUAUAACUAUGCCAAGGAUUCUUUGUUAAAUCCGUGUAUUGGCCGCUACUUUAACUGUAUAUUUCGCGUUGAUUGCCUCGAUGCUAAGUCUAUGCACAGUUUGUUUGGCCACUAUGUGGCUUGAACUAUGGUGGUGUGUCUGUGCUGUCACCACAUUCCCGCCAAUAUACUAUCGAGUCUUUCAGCAUAAAUGAACCCCGUGCCCUCGCCAUGAUGAUAGCAUAAGAACAGCAUUAGUAAAGCACAUAUAUCGGAAGUCGGCAGUCAGUAGCAACACUCGUGGACUUUGCAACAUAUGGCGUCCAAUAGGAGAAUUUUAGUAUUAGUAACAACCGAGUGAUACAUACUUGCAAAUGUACUCGUGGCUUAUGCAGAUGCACGUUUGUCAUCUGCCAUGAGCGCGUAAGGCCGAAACUGGUAC